AGGACACCGAAGGACGGGGCUCUGAAGACGCCCGCGAAAGGGAGGCCCUCGCUCGGCUCGGGGCGCUCCGAGAGGAUGCUGGAAGCUGGUUGGGGAGGGGGAAGGUGCUCGCUCGGAGAUUCCCUGACUUGGCGGCGGAGCUGCAGCCCGAGCCGAGCGGGCGGAGGCGGAGGAGGGGAGCGGAGCCAGGCAGCGCGCCUCCCUCUCCCGCCUCCCCGAGCCCGCGGCGCCCGGCAGCGGCUCCUGCAGCAUGUUGGGCAGGGUGCGCUCCGCGAUGGCGCAACUCGUCGGGGGCCUGGGGGGCGGAGGAAGCCCCUCGAGCCCGCCGCCCGUCUCGGCCUCCUCCGGCUCGGCGGCGCCUCCGCCCCCUCCGCCGCCCGCUGCCCCCGGGCCCAGCUCCAGCGCCGCCGCCACCAGCACCGGUCCCUGCCGGGAACCGCCCCGAAGCAGCUUCUCCAGACCGGCUUUCCUACAGCUCACGCCCGAGGAGCUUCUGCGGGCGGAUGACCACACGGGCCGAGCCGUCCAGAGCCCCCGCGAGAGCCGCCGCCGCCUGCCUUGGAGCACCGGCUACGCCGAGGUGAUAAAUGCUGGCAAGAGCCAACACAACGAGGAUCAAGCAUGCUGUGAGGCAGUGUAUGUGGAAAAGAGACGGGCUGUGAGGAAUAACCCAGCCCCCAAGGAAACCUCUGGAGAUCUAGAAGGGGGCACCAAAGGCCUGACUUUUUACUACUGGGGCUUGUUUGAUGGGCAUGCUGGAAGCGGAGCUGCAGUCAUGGCAUCCAAGCUGCUUCACUUCCAAAUCCGUGACCAACUCCGAGACUUGGUGGACAUCUUGCAAGACUCAUCCCUUCCUCCAAUCUGCCUAGAAGAUGGUCCCAGGACAGUUCUAAGAGAACCAAACAGGGUUCCUCUGGCUGAGGAAGACGCUGAGGUCCCAAACAAUGCCCUGCCACGCUUCCAUAUGGAAAAGGCCGUUUCCCAUGAGAGUUUGGUGGUGGGAGCUAUUGAGAAUGCAUUCAAGCAGAUGGACAUUCAGAUCGAGCAGGAACGGGUGGCUCGGCAUGCAUCAGGAGGCUGCUGUGCCCUGGCUGCGGUUUAUCUCCUGGGGAAGUUCUACGUGGCCAAUGCAGGUGACAGUAGGGCCAUUAUCAUCCGUAAUGGGGAAAUCAUUCCAAUGUCCAGGGAGUUUACUCCAGAGACAGAGAGGCAAAGGCUGCAGUUUUUAGCCUUUUUGAGACCUGAGCUGCUGGGGAAUGAGUUCACUCACCUUGAGUUCCCUCGAAGAAUCCAGCAUAAGGAAGUGGGGAAAAAGAUGCUGUACAGGGACCAAAACAUGAAUGGCUGGGCAUAUAAAAGGAUAGAAGAAGAUGACCUGAAGUUUCCACUUGUUUACGGAGAGGGUAAAAAGGCUCGAAUGAUGGCAACUAUUGGGGUGACGCGGGGUUUGGGUGAUCAUGAUCUCAAGGUGUACAGCUCCAACAUCCACAUCAAACCUUUCCUGUCCUGCACGCCAGAGGUUCGCGUUUAUGACCUCACACAGUACGAGCACUGCCCUGACGAUGUGCUGGUGCUGGGCACAGAUGGCCUCUGGGAUGUCACCAAUGACCGAGAGGUUGCCAAUGUGGUAUUUGAUGUCCUAAUGGGCUAUGAGCCCAAUGACCCUUGCAGGUACACAAUGGUGGCCCAGGAGUUGGUGGUGAGGUCCAGAGGGGUUCUGAAGGAACGUGGCUGGAGGCUGGCCAAUGACAAGCUGGGCUCUGGAGAUGACAUCUCUGUCUUUGUUAUUCCCCUUGGUGGUCCAGGAAACUACACCUGAACCUCAGGUGCCAGGGACACAGGGGUCAUGAUUCUAGACUUUACAAAGAAGAAGAAAAGCCAAGGGAAAUAACCACCAUCUUGCAGCAGAACUGGAGGCUGUCCCUACACCUGGAACAUUCAUAAUGAUGGAGUCUUCCGAAGAGGAUUGGGGGUGGGGGAAUGUAUGACUGCACCUUGGGUUCUUGUCCCACUGUGUCUCAGCUUGCUGGGUUCCAGCUAGGGACAUAAAGAGGUAGCCCUGGUCCACACUUCUGUUAACGACAAGAAAGUCAAGGCAGAGCCGUUCCUCUCAGGAUUUACACCCAUCAGCCCUGGAGACCUGUAGGAAAUCUUGCAUUCCAAGGGCUGCAUUAAAUUUGGGCUUUUGGUCACA